GCGUUCAAUCUUAUUAGGUUCGCUGCUUACUCAAAUCCCUAAAUUGAAGAAUUUUCAAAAUCAAACUUCAAUGGAGCCGUCGUCUUCAGGUUCAGCGGAGGCAACGCCGCCGUGGCUCGAUCUGCCGCGAGAGAUAACAGCUGCGAUUUUGCAGAAGCUGAGGACGGUCGAAAUACUGACGACGGCGCAGAAAGUGUGCACUACAUGGCGGAGCGUGUGCAACGACCCUUCCAUGUGGCGGCGCGUUGACAUUCACGGUUCAGAAGAUACUUGGGAAAUGCCUCUCGACUUAGACAAAAUCUGCCGCCACGCAGUGGAUCGCAGCUCCGGCCAAUUAAUCGAUAUCAGUAUUGAGUAUUUUGGUAACGAUGAUCUUCUUCUGUACGUCUCUCAGAGGUCUAGUCAGCUUAAACGUCUUCAACUUGUAAAUUGCUAUGGCAUAUCAUACGAUUGUUUGAUCGAAGCAAUUAAAAACUUGCCUCUUUUGGAGGAGCUGCAUCUAUAUUACAUCUAUACCAUUCCGGAGACUAUUGCAAGUAUCGGCCGCUGUUGCCCACUAUUGAAGUCGUUUACAUUGAACAGCCACCGGUCCAAGCACGUAGUGUGCGAUCUCGAGGCGCUAGCAAUUGCAGAAAACAUGCCUGGACUAGUCCACCUUCAACUUUUCGGAAAUAGAAUGACCAAUGAGGGCUUGAAUGCCAUUCUCGAAGGUUGUCCAAAUCUCGAAUCACUUGAUCUGAGACGAUGUUUCAAUGUCCUUUUAUGUGGGGACUUGGGAAAAUUAUGUUCCGAGAGGAUUAAAGAUCUUAAGCUUCCUCAUGACUCAAUCGAUGAUUAUAAAUUCCGUGACACUGAAAUUAUCAGUGAUGAAGCAUCCGAUGAUGAUUAUGUUUCUGGGUUUUCUGACAUGGAUAUGGUGUCUGAUUACGAAGAUUAUUUGGAAGUCUCGGGGGGUGAGUAUGAUUCUGAAGACGAGCUUUGGUAUUAAUUAACGACAUUAAACGAAGGGGGAAUUGUUAGUGAUGGUAUUAUUAUCUUCUGUAAUCUCUCAGUUCUUUCUGGUUGAUGAUGACUUGGGCUUAUUUGUCAUCUAGUAAUGGACCUCGUUUUGCUUUUGUUAUGUAAAAUUUGGUCUACUUUUGUUGUGUAAAACUUGUUAUGUUACGAAAAUAUAUUUAAAAAAUGAGUUAGCAAA